AUGGUGUUAAACCCAGAAUUUGCACAUAAUACUCAUCAAAAUCAACAUCAAAAUCUUCAAGAAGAUUUGAUCCAAUCUAAACAUGAACAACUUACAGUGAAUCAAUUUAUUAAACAAACAAAUAAAUCCCUCCAAUUACCUAAAUUCACAGAGACAAAGAAAAAAUCCAUCCCACUUACACCUGAACAUAUUCAAAUUGGUUCACAAAUUAGAAAUAUAUUAAAUAAAGAAAAUAAUUUUGAUGAAUUAUUAUCAAUAAUCACUAAAAUCUCAGAUUCUAGAAGUUAUCAUAUCAUACUUGAAGGUUUACAACGUGAAGAAAUAACAGUUUUAAUUACAUCAUUAGUUGAUGGUCAAGAGGAAAAAAUUUAUCAAUAUAAUGAUUCUAAAAUAACACUUGAUUUAAAUAAUAAAUAUGAAAAUAUGGAAGGUCUUUAUGCUUCAUCAUAUACAAUUUCAAAAUUUUAUUUAGGUUUAUUAGCAACAAAUUUUGAAUUAUCAAUAACUGAAAUUUUUUCCUUAUUAAAAUUAGAAUCAAAUAAUUAUAGAUAUGAUCGUGCUGCAGAAUUAAUACAAUAUCUUGAUAGGAAAUCAAAAUCUAAAAAUUCCAUCAAGACUUCUAAAUAUUGGAAUUAUAAAUUAAAAGUUCUUGGGAAUGCAAAUCCUGGGUUUUGGACUGUUUUAAAUAAAGAUCGUAAUAAAGUUAGAUUAUCCAAAAGAGCUUUGAAACAAGAUUUUGAAAAAAUGUUAAGUUUUGGUGUAUUAAUGAAUCAAUUAUCUCAAGAGAUUGGUUAUAUAGUACCGAAUUUAGAAACUCAUGGAUUGAUUAUAGCAAGUGCUGGUAGAGAUAAUCAAUUGGAAUUAGUGGAAAAUCAAAUAUUAAAUCUUUGGGGUAUUGGUAUUGAUAAUAUUGAUUCUAAAAAUUUAGUUGAUUCAAAUUCUUUAAUUUAUCCAGAUUAUAAUUUAUUAAAAAGUAUAAUUGCUGCAUUUGCUGUUAAUAAUGAAUUUGAAAUUGCUAUAAAAUAUAUUACAAAUUUCCAAUCAGUUUAUAACAUUGAUUUAUCCAAAAAAUUAUUUUGGAAAGAAUUAUUUAAUUGGGCUGAAGCAACAUUAAGUAAAGAUGAUGAAAGUUAUAAAACCACUAUGGAAUCAAUUUGGAAAUUAAUGGAAACAAAUUCACCAAAUUUCAAUGUUGUUAUGGUUCAAAAAAGAUCACAAUUUUUGGAAGAACAAGGAAGAUUAAACGAUUUAAUUGAAUUAAUCUUACAUAGUAAAAAAGAAAUUUCUAAAUUUUAUGAACCAUUAAAAUUAGAAAAGGGUAAAAUAUUAUUGAAAGAAAUUUAUCAAAAAAUUUGUGUUAUGACAUUAGCAGAAACUAAAGAAGAAUCAAUUGAUUUAAUUAAAUUAUCCAAAACUAUAUCAUUAGAUAAAUCUUCUCGUGAUCAAUUAAGUGAAAUCUAUAAACUGGAGUUAAGUAAAGCAUUAGAAAAUCGUAGAAGAUUUGAACAAUUACAAGAAGAAUAUGAUGAAGAGGAUGAUGAGAAUUCAUUAUGGUGA